CGCAGGUGGUGGCCGCGGGGCGCUGCGCUCUCCUGGGCGCCCCCCCCCCCGGCCCGUUCGCUGCGCCCCCCGCGCCGCCGAGGGCCCCGCGCAGGACUGGAACUAUGGGGUCAGAAAACCCGAGCCCGCAGAACCCUGGCUGCAAGAUCAUGACCUUCCGGCCCUCGCUGGAGGAGUUCCGCGACUUCGGGAGGUUCAUCGCCUUCAUGGAGUCCCAGGGAGCCCACCGGGCAGGGCUGGCCAAGGUGAUCCCCCCCAAGGAGUGGAAGCCGCGGCGGACGUACGAUGACAUCGAUGACAUGGUGAUCCCGGCCCCCAUCCAGCAGGUGGUCACGGGCCAGUCGGGGCUCUUCACCCAGUACAACAUCCAGAAGAAGCCCAUGACCGUGGGCGAGUACCGGCGCCUGGCCAACAGCGAGAAGUACUGCACCCCUCGCCACCAGGAUUUUGAGGACCUGGAGCGCAAGUACUGGAAGAAUCUCACCUUUGUGUCUCCCAUUUAUGGGGCUGAUAUCAGUGGCUCCCUGUAUGAUGCAGACGUGGAUGAGUGGAACAUUGGCAAUCUGAACACCCUCCUGGACAUGGUGGAGCACGAGUGUGGCAUCAUCAUCGAGGGUGUGAACACUCCCUACCUCUACUUUGGGAUGUGGAAGACAACUUUUGCUUGGCAUACAGAGGACAUGGAUCUCUACAGCAUCAACUACUUGCAUUUUGGGGAGCCCAAAUCCUGGUAUGCCAUUCCCCCAGAACACGGCAAGAGGCUGGAACGCCUGGCAAAAGGAUUUUUCCCAGGAAGCUCUCAGGGAUGUGAUGCUUUCCUCCGUCACAAGAUGACCCUCAUUUCUCCCUCCAUCCUGAAGAAAUACGGGAUUCCCUUUGACAGGAUCACCCAGGAAGCUGGGGAGUUUAUGAUCACAUUUCCUUAUGGUUACCACGCUGGCUUCAACCACGGCUUCAACUGCGCCGAGUCCACCAACUUCGCCACCCUGCGCUGGAUUGACUAUGGCAAAAUGGCAACACAGUGCACGUGCCGCAAGGACAUGGUGAAGAUCUCCAUGGACGUGUUUGUCAGGGUGCUGCAGCCCGAGCGCUACGAGCUCUGGAAGCAGGGCAAGGACAUCGCUGUCCUGGACCACAUGAAGCCCACGGCCCUGAGCAGCCCCGAGCUCGACGCCUGGAACGAGACCAAGGCAGAGCUGAAGGCAAAACUGCUCCGCAGGAUAGGAGAUGAGGAAGAGGACAACAAACACCGGUCUCACAGAAAAAGGAGUCAACCCAGAAGACACAAAACAGAGGAUCAGAAGUCUCUUGGGGAUGUCAUGGCUAUUGAAACUGCCUUGGAAGAUGUGAAAGUAAAAGAGGAGCUGAAAAGGGGGCCGGAUCUGGAGGAAGAGGAGAGAAGCAAAGGGAUGGAGGGAGAAGCAGAGAGCAAGGCCAAGGCGCGGCCCCCGAAGGCCAAGGGCGAGCGGAAGAAGAAGCAGCUGUUCCCCCCUCAGCCCCCCGUGCCGCCCCCGGGGCCCAUCCCAGCCCCACAACCACCUCCCGAGGCCGGCCCGGGGGCGGCACGGCCCCCGGGACCCCCGUCAGCCCCGGGCACGGAGCAGGGCCGGCCCGCGGCGCCCCUGAACGUGGUGCAGCCCUCGGAGGCGCCGGCCGAGGAGGACGACUUCAAACCACGGCCCAUCAUCCCCAUGCUGUACGUGGUGCCCCGCAGCAAGAAGGUGGUGUUCGACAAGGAGCACAUGUCCUGCCAGCAGGCCUUCGAGCAGUUCGCCACGCAGAAGGGGCUGGGCUGGCGCGAGCAGGGCCCCGGCAAGGAGCAGGACGGCGCCGAGGCGGAGCGCGCCGAGCUCGCGGCAGAGGCUGCUUCUGCCUUCUCCAAGAUGAAGAUGGAGAUCAAGAAGAGCCGCCGGCACCCGCUGGGCAAGCCCCCGACACGCUCCCCGCUGUCCGUGGUCAAACAGGAGACCUCGAGUGAUGAGGAAAUGUUUCCAUUUUCUGGAGAGGAAGAUAUGAGUGAUCCAGAGGCUUUGAAAUCUUUACUUUCCUUCCAGUGGAAGAACAAAGCACUUAAUUUCCCAGCUGAAAGGAAGUUCAAUGCAGCUGCUGCCCUGAGUGAGCCAUACUGUGCUGUCUGCACCCUCUUCUACCCCUAUAACCAGUCCUCACAGGUGGAGAAGGAAGCUGCCCCCAUCUCCACAGGGGAGCCGUCCUCGUUCGUGCACCUUUCCAAGUGUGGGCAGAAGACCAAGCCCCUGAUCCCAGAGAUGUGCUUUACCUCAAGUGGAGAAAACACCGAGCCCCUUCCUUCAAAUUCCUACAUCGGAGAGGAUGGAACCAGUCCCUUGAUAUCCUGUGCCAAAUGCUGCCUGCAGGUUCAUGCUAGCUGUUACGGGAUACGCCCGGAGCUGGUGAACGAGAGCUGGUCGUGCUCGCGGUGCUCGGCCGGCGCCUGGGCAGCGGAAUGUUGCCUGUGCAAUCUCAGGGGAGGGGCUCUCCAGAUGACCACUGAUGGCCGGUGGGUCCACGUAAUCUGUGCUAUUGCUGUCCCCGAGGCGCGUUUCCUCAAUGUCAUAGAGCGUCAUCCCGUGGAUAUCAGCGCCAUCCCCGAGCAGAGGUGGAAACUGAGGUGUGUGUACUGCAGGAAGAGGAUGAAGAAGGUGUCUGGGGCCUGUGUCCAGUGCUCCUACGAGCACUGCUCCACGUCCUUCCACGUGACGUGCGCGCACGCGGCCGGCGUGCCCAUGGAGCCCGACGACUGGCCCUACGUCGUGUCCAUCACCUGCUUCAAGCACAAAGCAGCAAACCAGAACGUCCCAUUCCGGAGGGAGGUGGCCCUGGGGCAGACAGUGAUCACCAAGAACAGGAACGGGCUCUACUAUCGCUGCAGGGUCAUCGGCACCAGCACCCAGACCUUCUACGAAGUCAACUUCGACGAUGGCUCCUACAGUGACAACGUUUACCCCGAGAGCAUCAUUAGCAGGGACUGCAUCCAGAUGGGGCCUCCUCUGGAGGGGGAGCUGGUGCAGCUGCAGUGGACGGACGGCAUCAUCUACAAGGCCAAGUUCAUUGCAGCCCAGAUCAGUCAGAUUUACCAGGUGGAGUUUGAAGAUGGCUCUCAGCUAAUGGUAAAGCGUGGGGAUAUUUAUACCUUGGAGGAAGAACUUCCCAAGAGAGUCAAGUCUCGCCUGUCCCUCAGCACUGGGGCUCCUCAGGAAGAUGCAUUUUUGGGAGAUGAAGUGAGAGCAGCCAAGCGUCCCCGGCUGGGGAAUCCAAGAAAUCCUGAAGAAUAUGGACAAACCCCAGAUUACUUGGCCUUUAUGGAGAGCCUGUUGCAGACACAGUACCAGCCUGGGACUCAGAGCAACAUGUUUUAACCUGGAUUCAUUGAAAAUAUUCAAUUAACCCUUUUUGAGUUAGUGGAAAAAUCAAUAGGAAACUGUGGAGUGGAAGACCAGCCCUGUGCAAUAGUCUGCUGUGAAUUUCUUUCAUCUCCUCUUGGUUUGGACUGCAGGAAAUCCCUGUCUGGCUGCUACCUCGACCUUGCCAGGAGUUGCUGACCAAGAGAUGGGGAUCUUGGAAACCCUUCAGCUUUUCACACGGAGACUUUGGAAAAGUUUCUACAGAUGGAGCUUUGUGACUGGUUCUUUUUUAUGAGGAAAGGGUUAAAACUUAACAAAAUGACUUUUUCAAAUCUGUCAAACUUUUGUCUUUCAAGGUGCUAUUACAUUGACUACUGAAGCAGCCUUUGGAAUCGUGUUUUCUGUACAUAGACGUCACCUUUGUGAAGUUUUCUAUGAAUGAGCAUUAUUAAAAAAAAAAAGCAAGCAAAAAUAGGAAAACGAAAGUUUCCACAAAACAUUUUUCUAGAUUAUGGCUUUAAAACAGAAAAUAAAUUAAAUCCUCCCCCCUCACCCCCAAACGAAUUGUGACUGAUGUUACAGCGGGGAGAGGGAGAGCAAGAGCAGAUGUCCUGGAAUGUUCUGGGUUCUUCUUUUGUAAAGAAACACUGUCUUUGUAAGCUGGGGAAGGUGGGGAAGAAAUGUUCACCGCUGGGAUGUUUCUGCCAUUGGCUCUCUGAAAUUCCUGGGAUGGAUGUUGGCAUCGCUGCCACGUCACCAGGGAGGGGCUUUGGGAAGAAAUGGCCAGGUUUGGGUCAUUGCUGUCAUCUUCCUUCCCCAUCUUUGCCAUCACAGUUGCUUUCUAGUUCAGGAUCAGCAUGGCUUUGAGUUCCAGUGUGCCACCCUGGUUUGGCAAGUGUUCUGUUGCUGCUUGUGUUCGCUCCCCACGAGCCGCCCGCGCCCGCUGCGGUGUGAGGCUCCCCGGCAGCACUUCUCCCUUAGAACUUCUCCUUUCUCUUUCCUUUGUCUCUUUAUUUUUUAAGUUUUUUUUUUUUUUUUGAGUUGUGCUCCUUACAGUGUGAGAAUCAUUCCAUGACAGAAGCUUGGGAGGUGUUUGUAUGUUUUUCUUUUAUCCUAUUAAAGAAGAAAUUCCUCAAACAUCUGAUUGUCGUGACAUCCUUUACUUAAGUAAAGACUGAGCCUGUGAGUUACUCCUGGGGAAGAGGAGUGCAAGCCCUGCCUUUGAUUGGACUCAGCUCACUGAGGAUUGAAGGAGCACUGAAGGCAAACCCCAGCCCUGAAGUGUUGAGUGGGCAGCUCCCACCUGGACGUUUGGAAAUCCCUUCGGGCCGAAGAGCUGAUGUGGAGCAGUGCUUGGGAAAGAGCCUGAUCCAAACCCUGCCAAGUCACUGGAAAGUUCUUCCACUCUCUUUGGAGGACCUCAGUCAGUUCAGAGGGAGAGAGCAGAACGAGCAGUGCUGGUCCCAAGCUGGAAGGGGCCGUGGCAGAGCUGGGAAGGUUCAGGUGCAGGGCAGAGAGGAGAGGGCACCCGGACCCUCCCCUCCCUCCACGCCCUGGCUGGGCCAGCGAGCAACCUGGAAUGCUGCACUGCAAUCUUUUCCACUUAAUUCCCUGAAAUUACUGGAUGGAGAGAGACAAUAUUCUGGUUUUUGUUCUGAUUUUUAAGCCCCUUUGCAAGGUGGUCGUUGUUCCGGGGAGAGGCUGUUAAGCAACGCUCUGGCUGGAUCUUUAAGGGAAUAAGUGGGAAGGAUUUGUGGGCUAGCAGAUGGUAGAUUAGCAUCUUAAGAGACUCCAUGGGUAUUAAACUGUCCUAGUGAAAGAGUGGAGAUAGAAUAAAGCAAUUUAAUUCUUUUUUUAUUUGGUUUUGUUCUCCCUUGAGGAUUGGAGGUCUCAUCCUUUCUCCUGCCUCUGCUACGGGUCCUUUUUGUGUGCGUGGCUGCGCGUGCGUGGUUGUAAGACCUUGGAAAAAGGGUUCUGCUUUUGUUUUUUUUUUUUAUUUCUGAGUUUUUGACAUUUUCAGUAGAUGUCUCCACGAAUAAAACCAAACUGAGACUAAUAAAAGUUUAAAAAAAUUG